ACAACUAUUCAAUCACAGCCGAUUCAAACUCUAAGCAAAGUUUGCCACAUUCUCCAUCAACCCAAAUUUUCAAUUCAACAAUGCAUAGGUCUAAAAAACUCAAGAGUGAGUUACCCGAGUUACCUGAUUCUGUUAUAUCGAAUAUUUUUUCAAAGUUAAAUUUGAAGGAUUUGGUGAAAACUAGUACAUUGUCCAAACAAUGGCGUCACGAAUGGGGAUUAAGAAAGGAACUCAACUUCGAUAUCCAUAACAUGUUUGAUCAAGGAUUACCAAAAAACCUAACACUUGCACUCUUUGAUGUGGUCCAAUCUGAAUUUGCCACAAGUUUGGAUCAAUUCAUGCUACAUUAUCAAGGCGACACGAUCAAUUCAAUACGAGUUAAUUUUCCAUUAGACGAUGAACACAACAAUGUUAUUGAUAGAUUGAUUACCAAAGGAAUUGCUAAAGGUGCCAAACGCAUUGAACUGCUAUUCUCUUGUCAAAUUGAUGAUACUGAUAUUAUUUUGGAAAUUGAGCCGUACAAAUUUUCGUUCGCUCUAUUAUCUAACACUGAUUCUCUUACGUAUCUUCGCCUACAAAAUUGUUGUCUAGUAGAAUCUUUUGAGUUCUCUGGAUUGAAGAAUUUGAGGACUCUUGUGUUACAUUUAGUUGCUGUGAAACAGGAUUUUCUUGAGGGUCUGUUGUCUAACUGCAUCAAUCUUGUAGACUUCACCCUUGACGCCUGUGAGUUCAAUUCUGACUUGAUAAUAAUCACUCCAUCAUUGUUUCAUUUGAACAUUGUUAACUGUGAGGUUGGAAUCAGGGAGGAGAGGAAUAUAGAUAUCAUUGCAUCAAAUCUCUCAUCCAUUGAAUAUUCUUGUAAUGGUCGUCGAGUACAUUCGAUGAACAUUAAGGCUGAUAAGUUAUCCAAGUUUAUCUUUAGAGGUAGUGAAAUUUCUCACCAUGUUGAGUUUUCUGGAAUAAAAAAUGUGACAACAAUUGUGUUGGAUGGACUCCACGAAUUUCUAUCGACGGAUAUUGUGCCUCAUUUGUUUUCUGAAUGUCUCAAACUUGAGGAUGUCACAUUUAAGAACUGCUGGGUGAUGUCUGAUUUGGAAAUUAUCAGCUCAAAGUUGCGUCAUUUGAGCAUAAUUGAUUGUAGCUAUAAGGGUUACUCUCCUUUUAUAAUAGCUAUUGAUGCAGUGAAUCUCUCGUCCUUUGAAUACAACGGUAACACGAGGGUAUUCUCUAUUAGGGCUCCAAGGUUAACCAAGUUAUUUUGGAAUGCAACUACGAGAGAGGAAACACCAUUUGCCCUUGCUCCAUAUGAUAGCUUACUCGGCAUUGAGAACUUAACUAUGAUCAUAAGCACUUCCCAGAUAGAGGAAAUAACAGAGGUCUUGGUUCAAUUUGAAAAACUUAAACAAUUGGAGUUAUAUAUCGAGGGAGCGGAUCUGGACUACUUUUUGAUUUUGGAUAUUAUAAUGGCGUCUAAACAUCUCGAAAAACUUUCUCUGACGAUUCGAAAUUCACAGAUGGAAAAUUCACACAUGCUUGGACUUGAGAGACAAAGAAGAGAAUAUGCAGAGAUUUUUCAUAAUAAUUUGAAAUUUGUAGAGUUGCAUGGUUGUGUUUGCAUCAUAAAUGUAAUUGACUUAACUAGUCACUUAUUGAGGAUGGCAAAUUCGCUUAAGAAAAUAACUUAUAGUUCUCUUGAAAAAUUGUAUGUGGGUGCUGGAACUUGGACUAAUGGGUCUGAUGCUUGUUGUUCGGGGUUCAAACGAACUUUUGUUCACGAGAUGCUUAAAGCUGAAGUAAAUGAAUAUCAGCUAAAACUUUAG